GUAGGUAAAUUGAAUCUAUAUUUGCUGUACAAAUUUCGGCUGAGGAUACUUCCCUUUUUCUCAAAGGUCAGGUUUCAGGGCUUAUAUAUAUCACAAUUGUGGCAAGAGUAUCUCACAUUCUCACAAUAUGGAAGGAACUUCUCGAACCUUUCCUUACACCAUAAAAUUUAUUGGUCUACUUGGUAGUCAUGCUCUUGGUAAAAAUCCAAGGUUCAUGGCUACCGCAGUAGAUUUAGGAAGGGAAUUGGUAAGGAGAAAAAUAAGGCUUACAUAUGGAGGAGGCAACGUUGGCCUUCAAGGAGCUGUUGCUUCAACGGUCUAUAACAAUGGUGGUAUAGUUAGAGGCUUCAUUCCAGGGUACAUAGCAGCACGACAGGUGUACGGACCUACGUAUGGUGCAGAAUACACAGUUUCCAGCAACUACUAUAAGUACUUCGAGAUGAAUCACAUUGUGGAAGCCUUUAUCGUACUUCCUGGAGGGAUUGACACUAUGGAAGGUCUGUUCACUUUGAUCUCAUGGGCAUCCGAAGGAUUGCACAGUAAACCCAUUGGUCUUUUGAACAUUGAUGGUUAUUUCAAUAACCUAAUUAAGUUUCUAGAUGAUGCGGUGAGGCAGAACUUCAUGGCUUUGAAUCAGAGGAAGCUUUUUAUUUCUUCUUUCUUUAUUGAUGAACUUUUAGACAAGCUAGCGUUUGCUAAAGCUUUUCCGGGUCCUGGGGCUAAUUAUGACGAGUUUGUAAAUCCCGGGGAAUUAGAUUUAGAAUUGCAUUUGUAAUAUUACUUUAUGUAAUUUCAGUUGAAUUUAUGUUGGAAUAAUAUUGUCUAUGAACAUUAUGAGUUAACCAUAAAUAUUAUUCUAAGAU